UAGUAACGUGGCGGAUAAGUGUUAGGAGUGGUCUGUCAAUUUCUUCGCGUUUUCAAUUUCUUCGCGUUUAAUGACUUGUGUGAGAUAUUUUUCGUAAGGACUGUAGUGUUAGUUCUCAGUAGUUUUUUAAGCGGCACAAUGUCGUCUUCAGGAGAUUUUGGAAACCCGCUGAGGAAGUUCAAGCUCGUUUUCUUAGGGGAGCAGAGUGUUGGAAAAACAUCUUUAAUUACAAGAUUUAUGUAUGAUAGUUUUGAUAAUACUUAUCAGGCAACCAUAGGAAUAGACUUCUUAUCAAAAACAAUGUACCUUGAAGACAGAACGGUUCGGCUCCAGCUAUGGGACACAGCUGGUCAAGAGAGAUUUCGUAGCCUCAUUCCAUCAUACAUCCGGGACUCUACAGUUGCUGUUGUUGUCUACGACAUUACCAAUGCUAAUUCUUUUCAUCAAACAUCAAAAUGGAUUGAUGAUGUUCGGACAGAGCGUGGAAGUGAUGUUAUUAUAAUGCUAGUUGGCAACAAGACAGAUUUAUCAGAUAAGCGACAAGUAGCAACUGAGGAAGGAGAGCGCAAGGCAAAAGAACUCAAUGUCAUGUUCAUCGAAACCAGUGCCAAGGCUGGCUACAAUGUAAAACAGCUGUUCCGGCGUGUAGCAGCUGCCCUACCUGGUAUGGACUCCACGGAAAACAAGCCUCCAGAAGACAUGCAAGAAGUUGUGUUGAAGGAUACUCCAAAUGAAGUGAAAAAUCAAGAAGGUGGUUGUGCAUGUUGAGUGGUGCCACAGGAUGGAUCUAGGUUAGGUGACAUGAGACUCAGACAUGAAAAGGACAUGAUUUAAAUAUGUGCAUGUAUGUGGAGUUUUGGAGCAUCUGAUUUCAUUACCUGUCAGAUGAUUUGAAUUGAUUCAGGUUGAAAUAACAUGGAGGAACCAAAGCAAUACUUGCUGUCUGAGACCAAGUAAAAAUAGAUUGUACCGUGAUUCACCUUCAGUUGAUUUCCUAUGUCAAAACAGCAUUUAUAUAAACAUCUGUAAGGAUGCAGGUGAUCAGAAUGGCAUGCCGUCUAUAAUAUCAGUAUACUUUUCCCACAGAAGGAUACAAUGUGGAGUAUAUUGGGCACUUGUCUAGAGCCUUGAUCCUGCUUUUUGAGUUGUAGGUAAACUCUUAGCAGGAGAGAUUUGCUCAUUUUUUAACACUGAUUUAAACAUUCUUAUGGACUGCAGUUAAUAAUUAUAAGUGUAUGUUUUGUGAUUGUUGGGUUCCAAGUAAAUUGACAAGAUGCCGUAUUGAUCUUGUGGGUGAACGUUUUUGUUGUAAUAAUAUGGGGAAUAUUUGUAAAAUUCAACAAAAAUCAUUAUGCUCAUAGAUUGCUUGACUUUUUAAUCAUCCUGUUAGGCCAGAAGGGAUAUCCUUUAAAGGUUAUGUUACUUUACUGGACAAAUGUUUCUAAACAUAGGAACAGUAUUUAGGGGAUAGAAAUUAUACCCACAUAUGAUUUCACUCUUUUGUACUGAUAAAAUGUGAUUUCCAAAUUUGGAUGUCAAAAACCAGGACCCUUUGCACCAGUUUUGUGUAGUCCAGUACAAACGUUUUACGUAUAGCAUUUACAUCAAAUGGCCUAUACUAAUAUAUUCUGUAUAUUUCCAUAAAUGGUACUUUAUUAACAUGAUAAAUAUAGGUUAUGAAAUGAAAAAUGGUGUUUUUUGCUUGUCUACUUUUAUACAAAGUAAUUGAGAGAAAUAUCAUUUUGUGAAAGCCUGUAGUUAGGAGUCACAUGCUCAGAUCUCCACUAUAAUGGUUUGUAUUGGUAGUACCAGUUUAAAAGUUCUCUACAGAAUGAACAUUGAUGGAACAGUUUGAUGUAUAAAUUGGAUAGCAACGGUGUUGCAUGGAUUAUUGGUGCUCAUAGAUGGAAUGAAAGGAAACCGGUGUUGAAAGACAUCCUGCUGAAAUUAAAAUUCACAUCUUGUCUGUCUAAAAGCCUAGCUAUUAAAAUUUACAAACCUAUAAUGUUACCUGUUGUGGAUGUGAGAAUGAAUUGCUGGGGAAAAUAUUUUAGAGCAAAGAGAGAGAGGAAGAGCAGAAGUAUAAGAAAACCAUACUGUAAGAGGCUUCAAAAUUUGUACUCUUCACUGAAUAUUAGAGCGGUUCCUUUCGAAAGGAUAACAUGGCCAGAACAUGUAGUAUGCAUCAGGGAGUUAACAGAUACAUACAGAAAACCUGAAGUGAAGAAAUUAUUUGAGAGGCUUGAUUAUUGAAAGGAAGAUGAUGUUACCGUGGUCUUUAUGAAGUAGGGUAUAAGGGGUUGAAAUGGAUUCACUUGGUUCAAGAUAAAGUAAAGUAAAAACAGUAACAAACCUUUAUGUUCAAUAAAUGCUAUGUAAUUUCACCAUCUGAGCAAUCAAUAGCUUCUGAAUAGGUAUUUUGCUAAAUGAGGUAGUUAUAAAAUACAGAUUUAUAUGCAUUUGUUUCUCCAAUCGAAGAGGGAUAACAUUCAGAUUUAGCCGUAUCAUUUUCGUACAUUGUCUCAUGCCUACUUACUGCAGUUGGAGUGGAACCUUCAUUUAAUGUUCCUCAGUAAGGUAUUCUGUCAUCUGACAUUCAGUUUUACUGAACUCAUGUCAGUAAUCUUGACUUGAUUUGAGGUUCUCAUGACAUAUAUGGAGUGAUGGACUUCUGUGUUGUAACACUGUAGUUCAGAAGAAACUAAUGAUUCAAAGGAACAUGUAACCUCCAUCUUCGGGGUCAAAGGAUAAGCCAUGAAAUGAACAAGCCAAAGCAGGCAGAAAGGAGAGCAAAAUGCACCUGGAAAAUCUGGUCUGAUAUGUUGGGCCAGCUGAAGCCUGAAAGGAACAGUGAGCUAGCCAAUGGAAGAGUGAUCACUGUCUGUAAGGGGACUGAGAGGGAGCUAAGGGGAACAAAGAAAAGUUGUGCAUUUGUUUAAGUCCUGAAAAGGGUUAGUUGCAUGCCAAGUGAUGAUAGACAUGGAAAGAAGUUGCAAGUAUGUACAGGGAUGAGAAAAAUGGGGGAGGGGGGGUCCUCCAUCUUCCUUUGGCUAGUCAAGGAGGACUAGGAUUGAAAACACCAGGGGUGUAUGGUAUCACAUUUGAAUGUAGUCAAAUCCACAUAGGACAGGCCGCUCAUUUGACACAAGCGUCAUUGGCAUGUAUGGCUUAAAUGUCCAGGCAGAUGAUCUGUGGUGGAGCACAGCAUCAAAUAUGGGACUCCAGCUCCAGAACAACCAGUAUGAUCUCUACCACAUCUAGGUACAUCAGGGAGACAAUUCAGAUCCAACUCCAUCCCCACAACAUGGACUGAAAGGAUGGCUUCUGUUUAAAUAAGCCAUUGAAACCUCUCAUCUCCCAGAAUGAACAUUUCUUCUUCUUAUUAUUAUUAUUUGGGUAGUUUGGCCCAUACACACUGCUUUUCAUGGCAUGGACGUCUAGUCUUCUGGGUUAUUUCUGCAGCACCUUAUACCUUCUCUUUCCUUGGUCUUUUCCGCUUUCUGUUGCUCUUGUUGUCCCUGGCCAGCCUCACCCAUACACAUACAUAUGACAUUUUUCCACUUCUGUCUUCAUUUGGCAUGCCACCAGCCCUUCUCAGUGAACAGUCAAUGUACCAUUUCCUUUGCUUUCAUUGGCUGUCUCUGAGGCCUCUUAUAGACUGGUCACUCUUCCAUUGGUGCUAUCACAGUUCCUUUCAUACCUGGAGUGGCCUAUAUCAGGCCAGAAUUUCCACAUAUAUUUAGCUGAUUUUUCUGCCUGCUUCUUGCUUGACUUACUCUUACCUCCAAAACAUCAGGCUGUCUCUAGACUGCACAGCAUUUGACAGCCAAGAAUUUCUGUGUUAAAUUUCUUCCAUUUAAGAUUUCCCUAUUUAUUGUUCCAAUCCACUGCUCCCUGAAGAAACCUUAAGUGGGGUACCACUGUAUUAUAUUUGACUUCAUGUGAGAAAAACAUUCAUAACAGAAGGUCUAUCUUCAGAUAAUAGCUUUAUGUUCAAUUUGUAUUGGAGGGGGUUGAAAGCAAAAGUUAUAGGGAAGGUUUAAUUUACAUAAACUUAAAAUCCAUUUCAUAAUUUCAAAAAAAGAGCUCACCUUGGAACAAAUAGGCAAUUGUUUCUCAUGUAGUUCAGUGUGAAAUAAAUACAGGUAAAUUCAUACUUUGUAUUUUCAUGAGCAAAGAUUUGAAGGAAAAUUAUUUUAUACUCAAACUUCAUUCUGCAAUUUUGAUACAAAUCACUGUUGUUAUGUUGGUUGUAAUAGUACAAGGAAGUGCUGAACAUUGGCAUUUGGUACCUCUGUGAUAUGAUUUAUUAUUGUAUAUAUGGGGAUGGAUAGGCAACAUUUCUGUUGUAGGAUUUCAGGUUCUUGCAGCAGUGGUCAUAAAGAUUCUGUCUUCUGGGAUAUAUCACUGUGUGAUCUUAUGAAAGUCAACCCAUGUCUCAGAGGAACAUGGGUUGACUUUCACCAGCAUUAUAGCCCAGAAGAUAUUGAAAUUGACCUUUUUUUAAUUUUUCUUAAUAUGACGCAUUAAUAGUGGUGAGGUUUAUGCUUGCCAGUGUGCCAUUCCACUGGCCUUCUAUAGUCUGUGCUAGCAAGAGGCAGGAAAUAUGAACGUUGUCUCUAAAGUAGUAGUUCCAUCCAACCAAGAUCAGAAUGCAGAAACUGACUUUUAAUUAUUUCCCAGUAAUGUUUCCCUUAUAUGACCAACUUCAUCCCUCUGCACAUCCAAGCCACCAUUAUCCAUUUUCUUCAUUGAACUUCUUGAAAUAUAUUUUUAUUUUGUCAUGAGAUCUGACAGCUUUGUUGGUUGGUAUGUGGCAGUGACAUCUCCUCACUCCACUGUGCUUAGUCACAGUCUCAUAAUAAUAAAAACUUAUGCAAAGACAUUGCAUAUGCUUUCACAUAUACAACUUACCUUCACUGUGUUACCUUUAAAACAAAACUAGUUGUUGCUCAGUAAACCAUAGAUGGCUGCUGAAUGCUGAACAAAAAUUAGUUUUGACCAUAGAGCUAGUGUUCACAAUACUGAUAUAUUGCAUUUUGGCCCAUAAAGCAUGUACAGUUACUAUUCUGAAGAUACCAUGUGUGUAGUUUUAUUUAGGGAGAUAAUCUUUAUAAACUACUGAAAUUUAAUGAGAAUCAUUAGAGCCGAAUUAAAAUAAAGUGACAUAUUUUGUUUUGAGACCCAUCUAAGUGACCAUUAUUUUUGGAGCUAGAAUGUUCAUAUUCACCAGGUACUGAACUAGGAUGGAAAAAUUAUUGAUAUUGAAUGUAAGUCAAAUUUGUCCAGUUGUUAAGAUGCAAAUACAAAGAUACAGAUGGGGACACCAGAAACCAUUUUUUUAUUUGGGGUGUGGGGGCUUAAAAUGCAGAAGGCUCUCAUAUGUCCAUAAGAGGUUUCUGAAAUGAUGCUCUAGAGCACAGUACUAAUAUACUGAAUUUAAAUUCAUUCUCAGGGGUAGUCAGACUAGCAUUUGGACAUAUAUUAUGCAAUUUUAUGUUUGUAACCUAAUGUUGGUCUGUCUGUGUUACAAGUAAUGUUGAAGAACAAACUCAUUUACUUCAGGAUAUGGAUGUUGGAAGUUAUGACACUGACCUGAUGCAACAUGAUGCAUGUUUGUAAUCAUGUACUUGGUUGUUUAAGGCCAAAUCCAUCAUACAGCAUAUGAAAAUUGUGUUUAAUUUAUUCUGCAUUUCAAACUGAGCAUAGUCUAUUACAUUUUGGAUCAGUUCAGUUUCAUAUAUGGAGGGUUGGCAUCCUUCAAACAUUAAUCCAGUAUGCUGACUGCUAAAGGGUCAGCAUUUUCACAUGCCCCAUCUUUGAUUUUAAGUGCACCCCAGCUCACUGAACAUUCUAAAUGGAAAAUUCUCUGAAAUUGAAUUGUUCACAUUUCCAGGCGAGGUAAAGAUUAGGACACGAGGAUUCUGCUCCUGCUGUCUGGCAAUAAUAAACCAGUCAGAGCAGUUGGCAGGUUUUGUUGAGUUUUAAAUGCAUUAUUUGCAUGAUGUAGUGCCAUAGUCGACACCACUAUAAAUUGCAGUCUCAGUGAGCCAAAUGAAAUGUUUUAAAGUCUCGGUAAUGACACUGAAGUCAGUGGAAUUGUGAAACAAUGAUCAGUGAAAUUGCAGUUGACCCAGCUGCAUUAAAUGUUUGAAGCAUUGUGAGAAGAACACAGUUUAAUCAUAGCUCAUGUGAGCAGAAAUGUGUUUUCAUGUUUUUUCAUUCAUCCAGUAAAAAUUACUAUUUUUAAUGUCCAUAGUGUAAAGUCCCCAAGUUUUGAUAGUGUUGUUUGUUAUAUACUAUCUGUUCUGAUGUUACAAAUACAGUUCUGCUACAUCCCGAAGUUAAAGACUAAGCAUCUCAGUUUAUGCAUUGAAACAGACCUAAGUAAUAAUUUGGAAUUAUAUUUGCGUAUGGACUAUUCUUGCACUGAUCAGCAGCAAUACAACUCUGUACUUUGUUGUAGGUCUUUGUUAUGUGUGCUUUUUGUGCAUAUAUCUAUUUUAUGCUCUUUUGAUGAUUGCAUGGUAGCAUGUUCACUGUCCUGAUGAUGACAUGAAGGUAAUCAGGUAUUUAUAGUUGUACGGUAUAGUUUAAUGUUAAAUAGAACAAACUUUUUAAAUUUGCUUUUUGUGGCAGUCAAGAAACGGUGAAGAGUGUAGAAGUGUUAUAUGGAGAAAACUUAGCCAGGUGUGUCAUGCAGUGAGCAGUAUUACAUAACAUUGUCAUUCACUCGUUUAAAAUUGGGCAUGAUGACUUUCAUUGUUAACUAUAAGCUACUUCUACCUUCCACAUUAAAAAUUUGUUGUUUAUUUGAAGGGUUUUCAGGAUUUUCUGUAUUCUUGUCCUUUUUUCUUGUUGUCUGAUACAACUGAUAAGCUGGCUUGAAAUACAAUAAAAAGUUCAUACACAAAA